GAGCCGCUACUGUCGAUGGCGCUGCUGGACGCGGCGCCCUCAGGAGGGGCGCCGGUGCUGCAGAAGCUGUCGUGCGCUCGUCCCUGGCGGGGGCGCCGCGAGCGCCGCUACCGCCUCACGCUGCCCCCCGGCGCCCCCGUAGCCUCCCACAGCUCCCACCAGCCCCCCGGCAAAUGGUGCGUGUGGUACAGCCUGGCUGCCGUGCCAGGGACGAAGCUCAUAUUUGGUGUGGUGAACCAAACCUGCGACACCGCCACGGCCUUCUGCCCCUGCAGUCUAGUUGACCGCCUCUGCCUCAACUGCCAGUUCGUGGAGGCUAAGGCGUGCGAGUGUCCCUGUGAAUGCCCCACGACUUCCCCUUCUCAGUGCUCCACGAAUUCUUCCUCAUCCAGGGGGAACUGGCGCAACCCCACUCAGCCUGAGAUGCUCUGUCCACUAGAUCCCCCUAUGCCAUCCCUGUCACACCCUCAGCACGUGGGGCUCUUGGGGGAACUUCAGUCGUGUCAGACCGGGACAUGCGGGGACCACACGACGCGGCACACAUGCCUGGGACGUCCAGGGUGUGAAUGGUGUUCUUUAACGUCCCCGACGAACGCCAGUGAAAACGUCUGGGUGUCUUUGGAAGAACCGAGCUGUGUUCCCCACCCUGAGUGUCCUGGGGGAGUUAAAGGGGGUGUUUCACCCUACCCUCGGGGGCUUGUCCCACAGCCCCGACACAGGGAGUCGUACAGGACUGGUGGAGGCAGGUCCCUGCCGCUGGCUCCUGUGCUGGGGGUGAUGGUGGGGUUGGUGAUGGUAGCGGGGGUAGGGGCGGCGUACUGCUUCCACCAGCACCAAGGCGUCAUGGGAGCCGUGACGCUCACGUCGCGCCCCGGCGCCCCGGAAGGCUACACACCUGCUGGUCUGCUGUCCGCAGGGCACGUGACUACGGCCCUCGAGGAGGAGCUUAUACUGGACUGCCAGUUGGGGGCGGCCGCCAUGAGCCCGUACCGCAUGAACCCCGCCUACCGGAGGCCCCCCGCCCCCGGAGGCGACCCCAGUGACCCGGGGUACUCGACCAUGACCCCUCACGACGAUGUGCCCCAGCGCUCGUCCUCGUCGUCGUCGUGCCUGGCCAUAGGAGUUCAAAGUCCCAGCAAGAACGGCAAGCCAAGCAGGGACGGCCGCGCGCUGCUGGCCAAGAAACGGCGUCCUUCCCGCGGUCUCAGCAGCCAGCCUGAGGAAGACUGCGAUGAGAACAGCUCUUCUCCUUCAGGAGUCUUUAAAGGACUCGCAUCCUCUUCGCUUUUGAGUGGUGAUCACGAGCCACCGACACUAGACUGGUCGCCUGAGCAGCUCUUGCAAUACUUCGACGACUUCGACACAGGUCAAUGUCGUCACUGUAACGCUCCCGUCAGUGAUGGUGUCUGCUGCAACUGUGAGCAAACUCCGUGUGAGGAAUGCAGGUCUCGCCCUGCUUGUCAGGAAUGCCAUGACUCUGCCUCCUGCAGCAGAUGCCGGGACCAGAGUUCUUGUCCUUGCAAGUCCAAAAAGCGUCGCCGAAGUCGUCGACGCGCCGGUGGCGGCAGCGUUAGCGAUGGAAUCGAAAGCGACGUUGCCAGCGAUGGCGGUUGUUUUGCCAACGCUGUUUUGACGUCGCCUCAGAAAAUUGGCCCGAAUCAAGUGAUUGUUGCAGUCACAGUACACAUGGUGGACAGCCUCUAAUUUCUGAGGUCAUAGUGCAAACUUAGCUUAAGCUCUUCGAUGUUUAGGCAGAUCAGGUUCAGUAUUUGUACUCUUUCGUAUCCAUAGACAUUGUCCGUGUAUAUAUUAUAUUGAUGGUUCCCAGAGUAAUCCAAUAUAGACGUAGGACGUAACCAUCGUUGGUAAUGAUUGUAUUUUACAUGUCGGUAAUCCAGGGACCCAAAUCUGCGCGUAAUAUUUUUGAAAGGUGCUAUACACUUCUGCUUCCUGUUGCCGUGCUUCUCAGUCAGACGUUCAACUGCCAAGUAAUGAUGUGCCAAAUUGACUGCCUAAGUGAACAUUUUCGGGAGAUUCCUAUGAGUGAGUUGCCCUAAUGUUAAGUGAUAAAAUAUUGCGCCAUUAUUUUGUGAAAUGAAAUUUGCUGUUAUGAGAUUUACAUGAAACUUCGUGCUAGCUCAGUUUGACAGCAACAAGAGUUUUUCAGUGAGGUGGAACUUUUUAACCACGUUGUAGGCGAAUUUUCUUUUAUGAUCUCAACGACUGCCAAGUUUUGCCAUGGCAAUUAACUUUUUCACCUCCAUUUGUAUGUUUUUUCUAAACCCAGGAUAUUUCUUGCAUUUAUGAAGAGCAUUAUGCAAUGAUGGCUCCUUAGGUUAGGUAAUUGGAAGAAAACUUGCACGCUUCGUAAUUUCUUAUUAUAUUAAUAUAUUUAGAAUUAGAUAUUUAUUAUAAUAAUUUCAGCUCUCCAGUUUCAGGAUGGUGUUCCAUCACAGUUUUCCUUGUUAAAUUGUUACUAAGCCCAGUAAUCGGAGAAAACGCAAUCUUAAGUCGGCUCAUGUUAUGAAUAACUUGUUCAAGUACACGUAAGGUCCUUAAUAACGAUAUGGCAUAUUUAUCAUUUAUGAUCGGUGAGUUAAGCUUGGUGAGUAUUUGAGAAGGUUUUAGAGGCAAUAUUCCGUUCUAGUGUUAUUUAUUUAGAGUACAAUUUCCGUUGCGAUUAGCGUUAGCGUGUUGAUCACUCUAACGCUUUACAUACAUUCUAUUUGCCAGUAUUUCAUGUUUUUGGUUAUGAAGAGAAGGAUCUACAGUUGGGGCAAUCUAAUUUGCAGUCGUUAAAUUUGAGUUUCUCAUAGACAAUUAUUGUAUGUAGUACGUUGAUUCUAGAUGAUAUGAUAGUGUAGGACUCGCUGUCGUCGCCCCCAGUAGUCUCCCGUUAGUUGUCUAAAUGACCGUCAGUUAGUUCGAGUUCGAUAGUUAUUAAGUUAUGUAAGCGAAUGUUAAAUAGAUACGCUGUGCGCAAUCUGCUAUAGGAUUUGUAUAAUAAUUAUUUCUCAGGAGUUAGUGUUCUAUGUGCAGCUAAAGAUGCAAUUUGUGCUGGACUCGUUUUCCUGUCAAGAAAUUUUCUCUUUCUCAGCAAGAAAGUUAACACCUAUGUGUAAAAUUAUUAUUAAUUUAAUUAAUGUAAUUAUUAUUAUCUUCAUCUGUACAAAACAUGUAUAAUUUGAUAGUGACAAAAUCUGACAAUUGAACAAAAACAAACUUUCCUCGCUAAUUAAGGAGGUUAAUUGACACAUAUUAGACAGUAUUUAUUCUCUCUGACAAAACAAUAAGCAUUCAAAAGAUAUGCAAGACAAUACAGACUAGGGGCCGUACAAGAAACAAAGUUUUUCCCGUGAAUUAAGGAAUUCUCUCCGAUUUCGAGUCGAUGACAUAAUAUUACUGAAAUGCAAAGUUGUUGUUGAAAUUGUUGAAUUGCUGCGCCAUUCCAACUGCACAAGUCACGUUAUCAGUCAACGCUGUCAUUCAGAAAGCUACAAUGCUCUAGACAUCUAUUGUUCUUCAUUUCUGAUUGCUUCUGGAAUAAUUGUUCAUCUUUUACUGAUAUUUGUUAUCAGCUUUAACGUUGAAUUUUAAGGGAAUUUGUUACCAAUCGGCACGCAAAUUGAUUAAAUAUGAACAAAACAAUUUGAUUGAAUUAUACGUUUUCUCAAGCCUGCUUCAUGCACGCUUUGCGUCCAAAUAGCGCGUGCUUCAAGCCAUGGAACACCAGAAAAGUAUACAGCAAAAUGCAUAGAAAUAUCAGAUUAGAGGAAUCUACACAGGAUUAAAUGCACAAAUACUUCGUAGCUCAGCUACGACAGCGACCGAGAAAUAACGUUUCUCGCGAAUCUCAAGAACUUCUCUCAUGAAGGCACAAUAAUUUACGUACUCAUAGUUAAAGAAAAAUGUGAAAUGCUUCAUCAGUCAACAUCUCGUGAAAUAGACAAGCUUCAUCGG